AUGUUGGCUGAUGAGGAUCCGGUGCCUGAAUAUGGUCCCAUGCACCCCUUGCCUGCUGCUGCUCUGUGUUGGAUGGGUCCAAACCCUGCGAAUCCAUCUUCAAUUAUGCAAGAUCUGCCUGCCAAUGAUCCCAAUCCAGCGGCACCACAUGAGGAUGCUAUGUCUUGUGCAGAUGGUGUAGCUGAUGAUGUAGCAGCAGAUUCUAUCACCCCUGGUCCAAGUGCAGUUCAGAUGGAUAUCAAUGGGGUCUUGCCUGAGGUUGUUGUUGUCCCUCCAAAGCUUGUCAAUAAGCCAACUAGGGUGAUUACUGGCCCUGCUCUCCCGCCCAAUGGCCUGCCUUUGGUGCCUUAUACUAAUGACGAAGAUGAUGAUGAAGUCAGGGAGAUUGAUGGCCCCAAAUCUGGCACCCCAAGCAAGCGUCGUGCACGCAAGCUCAAGGAGCCCAUGGAGGAUGUGGUCCUUAGAAGGAUCAAGAGGCUCAAUGCCGACGUAGGUGGGUUCCGCAAUGAGAAGAGUGCCUUGGAAGCUACUGAUUAUCCUACUCCCAUCGAAGUUGUCCCUCCAAUGUACUCAGGCACUGCUGAUAUUGGAGCUUCUCCUUCUCCGGUGCCUCAUCUGCCCAUCGACACCAUCCAGAGCAUGGCUACUGGCUUCCUCCAGAUGCAGCCUAAUGCUAUAGGUGUUGUUGCCCUCCUCGAGUUGGACAAUGAUGAUGAUAUGUAAUAGGGCUAGCGAGGCUGACUGCCUCUUUCUUUUGUGGAUCUUUACUAAACUUAUCAAGAGAUGUGUUCUCCUCUCCAUAGCUUUGCUUUUCAUUCCUUGGCUUGGUGUGGACCACAACUCUUAUCUUUAGUUUA